AUGGCCUCUUCACUCGCUGAUGCCCCCCCAACCUCUGCAACCGGCUCGGUCCUCGUCUCCUCGCAACCGGUUCCUGAAGGAUCGCAUGAAGUCCAUGGGGUGGACUUUGAUCAGUUCCAGGGCCGUGAUAUUACGGUGGCUGAAUUGGUGGACAAUCUGACCCAUACAGGAUUCCAGGGCAGCGCGGUUGCCGAUGCUGCCCGUAUUAUCAAUGAAAUGCGUGCUUUCCGUCACCCCGAAACCGGUGCAAAAACAACCAUCUUUCUCGGCUAUACAUCCAAUUUGAUCUCGUCCGGUCUGCGAGAUACCUUGCGAUACCUCGUGAAACAUAACCAUGUGUCUGCCAUUGUGACCACGGCUGGCGGGGUGGAGGAGGAUCUGAUCAAAUGCUUAGCUCCCACCUACCUCGGGUCGUUCGUGACCCCCGGUGCGGGCCUGCGGGCCAAGGGACUGAACCGCAUCGGCAACCUCCUGGUGCCCAAUAACAACUACUGUGCCUUUGAGGACUGGGUGGUUCCAAUUCUGGACCGGAUGUUGGAAGAACAGGAGGCGGCCAAGCGCAAGGCCCGAGAGACGGGAGACGAGGAGUACGAACUUCACUGGACACCCAGCCGCAUCACCGAGCGACUGGGCCGGGAGAUCAACCACGAGGACUCGGUGCUCUACUGGGCCGCCCGCAAUCAGAUCCCCGUGUUUUGCCCUGCGCUGACCGACGGAUCGCUGGGGGAUAUGCUGUAUUUCCAUACCUUUAAGUCAUCCCCGCAGCGAUUGCGCGUGGAUAUUGUCGACGACGUGCGGCGCAUCAACACCAUGGCGGUUCGAGCGGCGCGCGCCGGGAUGAUCAUUCUGGGUGGUGGUGUGGUCAAGCACCACAUUGCCAAUGCGUGUCUGAUGCGGAACGGGGCCGAGCACGCGGUAUACGUGAACACCGCCCAGGAGUUCGAUGGGAGCGAUGCAGGUGCGCGACCCGACGAGGCCGUGAGCUGGGGCAAAAUCAAAACAGACGGCCAAGCUGUCAAAGUGUAUGCCGAGGCAACCGUGGUGUUUCCCCUCAUUGUGGCUGCGUCGUUUGCUCGGGCAGUAAAGAACUGA